UCAAACGUUGUACGAGUUGUUUUUUGUAUUUAUUUAUUAUUAAUUAUUAUUAUUUUAACAAUGAUAACAUGUUACUGUACAGUUUUAUUCUCCCGCAAUUCUUAAUACGAUGAUACACAAAUAACGACAGCUUAUAACUAGCACGAUGUGUCAGAUUUGCAAUUGUUUAGUAUGGAGUUUAGACGUUGUCCAGAGGGCUAUCACCUUCUUCCUCUUGGGCAUGCUGAUCUGCGUCGUUUGCGUUGGAUUCUGCAUCAGCAUCAUAGCUGGCAUUGCCUACGGAUACAAUUACUCUUUAGCAGAGUUCCUCACAUUUACCAGGUCCGAUGUUACUGUGUACAUGAGACGUGGUCAAAUGAACGAUCGACCAGAUUUAGCACAGUUUGGAAGCAGAAGAUUUGGAAAUGAUUUGGACACAAACUUCAGUACGGACUAUCAAGAAAAUAUAGCUGAUACUGGCGGAAAGAAACCUUUAGCCGAAACAUUAGGAAAAGCAGAUGACACAAGAAAAUACGCUGAACGACUCUCUAAGUUUACCAAAUCAGAAAGUUCGGAUGUACCGGGUAGUGAAGAAGAAGUGCCGGAGGGUUCUGUAAGUUAUUACAGAUUUACAACACCGCCGGUGCAGAAAAUUUCAAUCCACCCAAAUCCAGCAAUGCAAACGACGGUACUAGAGAGUGGGAGCUCCUCGAUAAUUAUGAGGAAGUUUUCUCCGAUAAAAGACAUAGCAGUGGAUUAUGCACGAAAAGACCCGGAUGAAUAUUUCUAUAAGGUUGGCGAUAUAGAUGAAAAAGAUAAAAUCAAAUCAAAAAUGAAAAUUAACAAAGACAUUUCCGAUGAAAAACCCGAAGAGGACGAAAGAGAAUAUGCGACAAGGCGUUUUGUACCGAUGCGGCAGUUUGAGGGCGGACCAGAAUUAGAAGAGGAUGGUAUUGCAUAUAAACCGGUUUAAAAGUUAAGAAUUUGGUAUAAACUUCAUCUGGACUAUAAUUUUCAUUAAAACUCAAAUAUGUGCUUGAA